AUGUUGCCCUCUCGGAAUGGCGGCCCUUACUCUCUCUGGCGUCUCCAAACUCGCUGCUCAUCUCUUCCGAGAUUGCCCGCUUCGACUCGUUAUUUCGCAAUUGAUUCCCGGUCGACCUCAGACUCUCCUUUACUACUAUCGGCGAACUCGAAUCUUGCGAAAUCCCCAUUUUUAUACAAUGUCUCUUCACUGUCAUCAUCAAAAGCCUCAUUAUCAACAUCUUCUUCGCUAUCGGAUGCGGAUUGGGAUCAAAACCCUAACUUGCAGAUCUCGAACUUCUCCGAGCUCCCAUCCAAGGAUUUUGGAGUCAAUCAACACAUGAUCAUCAAUCAGGAAUUCAAGGAGGCCUUGCGACAAAUUCUGUGGCAGUUCCGAGCACCCAUUAGAUAUGCAUUUGCCUACGGAUCGGGCGUGUUUUCCCAGAAUGGCAGCGCAGCUUCCUCAUCCCCAACCCAUCCCUCAGCGCCGGCCGCCAUCAAGAACAUGCAACAGGGAUCUGGAAAGAUGAUUGAUUUCAUUUUUGGUGUCUCCUACAGUCAGCACUGGCACGACCUGAACCUCACUCAGCAUCGUGACCAUUACUCUGGCCUCGGCUCGCUCGGUUCAUACGCUGUUUCGCAAGUCCAGGACCGCUUUGGAGCCGGUGUUUAUUUCAAUACUCAUAUCACAGUAAACGGCACACUGAUUAAAUAUGGUGUCGUAAACUUGGACACUCUAUGUCAAGACCUUACCCAGUGGAACACCCUGUAUCUCGCAGGUCGCUUGCACAAGCCCGUCAAGAUUCUUCGCGAUCACCCCAAGGUGCGAUUGGCAAACCAAAUGAAUCUCCUCUCGGCAUUGCGUGUGGCUCUGCUGCUUCUUCCGGAGCGGUUCAGUGAAUUCGAACUUUACAGCACCAUUGCUGGCAUCAGUUACAUGGGUGACUUGCGUAUGGUCCUCCCAGCUGAGGACCCUGGCAAGGUGCGCAAUAUCGUUUCCGGGCAGAUGACGCACUUCCGGCGCUUGUAUGCACCACUCAUCAACAACUUGCCGAAUGUCAUGUUCCAGGAUCCGCGUUGCAGCCAAGCUGAUUGGAUCGAUGAUCCUGAUGCUAUUCUCGGUAUGGCACAAGAUAUGGACCCCAUUAAGCGUGGAAACAUGGUGCGACGUCUGCCAGAGUCAUUCCGCGAGAAGUUGUACUUCCAGUACCAGGGUCGAUAUGCGAUCCCUCGGGUCGAGUUUGACAAAAUGAUGGAAGAGAACAAUGAAACAAAGCAAGAAGUCGUUCGACGUCCUCAGGGAGGUCCUUUCGAACGUCGUAUUGCCGGUGAUGAUAAGUUGCAAGAAGAAGUCUCAACCUCAAUCAUGAAGACAAUUCGCUGGCCUAGCACCAUUCAGACUAUCAAGGGACCCUUGACUGCAGGCCUCAGCAAGAGCUGGACUUACAUCAAGGAGAAGCGGGAGAAGCACAGGAAGUCACAAGCCGUGGCUGCUGCAUCAGCUGCCAAGUCUGACACAAAAAAGGAGUAA